AUGGUUUUGAGAUUGUCGUUCGCCUGCUGGGACUAUGAUCGCAUGAAAGCGAUAGAAGACGGCCGGGUUCGCGCAGAAGCUAUUGAGCUCAAUUUUUUGAACCUGCGCGUGGAAGAAACGUUCUUCCGUCAAUUACGUUUCCAGGAGUUUGACCUUUCUGAGCUGUCUUUGUCCUCAUAUGUCAUGACGUUACAUCAAGAGAAGCCGCCUUUCAUCGCCCUGCCUGUUUUCCCAUCUCGAUUCUUUCGGCACCAGUCCAUGUAUGUCAACAGAAAUGCGGGCAUUUCGAAACCUGAAGAUUUGGCUGGCAAAAAAAUUGGGAUUCCUGAAUACCAAAUGACAGCGGCAGUGUGGCAGCGGGGUAUCCUCGAGGAAUAUCAUGGUGUUAGUGCGAGCCAAGUGCAAUUUUAUGUUGGCGCCAUUGAAAGAAGUGACCAGAAAAGAAUCAGCAAGGUCCUGCACUCCGUACCUGACGAUAUUAAAGUGACAGCAAUUAGCAAGGGGCAAAAUCUAUCAGAAAUGCUUGCUAAUGGGGAACUCGACGCCGUCUUCAGUGCUAGCAGGCCCUCAUCUUUUGACACAUCAGAAAAUGUUGAACGUCUGUUUCCCAACUUCAAGGAGAUCGAAGCUGAGUAUUAUCGGAAGACUCAGUUAUUCCCAAUAAUGCAUGUGGUUGCUCUCAAACGGGAUGUAUAUGAGCAAAAUCCGUGGGUUGCAAAAAGCCUGACCAAAGCGUUUGCACUGAGCCUCGAUGUGGCCUAUGCAUCCAUUCAAGAUCGAUCGGCACUCAGAUAUAUCUUGCCAUGGCUUGAAGACCAUGUCAUAGAGACUCGAGCACUGAUGGGCGGAAAUGAGCGAUGGUGGCAGGAUGGGUUCCAGGAGAACAAGCACGUUAUUGACAAAUUUCUGGAGUAUCACCACCGGCAAGGCCUGUCACCGAGACGGUUAAAGCCGGAGGAAAUAUUUGCCCCGAAUACGCUGGAGACGUUUGUUUUGUAG